AUGUGCGGGGUGGGAGAGGAGAGGUUGCCGAGAAUUGUAUGGGAGGCGAAGUGGGCAAACAAAAAGAGGGGUAGACAACCCACGGAAUGGGUCAAGGUUGUAGAGGACGUAUGGAAGGGGAUCGACAUCGACGAAGAUGAAACGCUGGAAACGGAGGGUCUACAGGGGUUCAAGGAGAAGAUAUCUGUUGCUUGUGCCGAGAGAGAAGAACAGAAUCUGAGGAAAGAAUCCAAGGAUAAGGAGGGUCUAGAAGUGUACGGAAUGUUGAAGGAAGGAAUAGGGUUCAAGGACUACCUACAUGGACCAAUGGAUGCAGGAACAAAGCUUAAGGUCAAAUUCAGGACCGGGGACAUAGGCCUUCGAGAACGUCGACGAAGACAUAGAAAGGUAGACGAGGAAGACGACGAGUGCAAGUGUGAUUGCGGCUGCGGAUGCGAAGACCGUGUUCAUGUAGUCGCGGCAUGUCCGUGGUACAAGAAGGAGAGGGAAGUGUACGUGACUGAGCUGGGAAAAAUAGAUGGAACGUACAGGGAGAUGUUUGAGGCAUGGAAUAGAGAGGAAAGGACGGUAGCUGUAGUGGGGCAUAGGAGGUGGGUUGGACAAGCGGGAAGGGCUAUCGUUAGGAUAGACAGACUAGGGAAGACAUUUUUGAGCCACCUUUGGCAUAGUAGAAAGGAACGAUUGGCCAUCGGUGAUCGGUCCUGUGGGAACAAUGCUCCGUCCUCUCGAGGACGCGUGGUCAAUGGUCUGACCGCUAAGGCGUGCAAAACAUAA